AUGACUUUUGUUAAUCUCACGUUUUGCUUAGAGCAAAGAUGCCCUUCCGAAAUUUCCUCGACUCUUACGUACAUAGUUGAACAUGCAGUUUGGCGCAACUGGAAUCAAGCAUUAAUAUUUACCAAAGACCUUAAAACAGAUUGCAGUUGGAUGAUAUUGCGUUUUAUGAAAUGUCUGGUAGUCAAUGGCGUUGCAGUCGCCCUCAAUGUGGACAAAAAGCCUCGUUUUAAUAUAAAAAUUGGAGUGGUUACUUUAUCGACAAAUUUAGCUCGAAACACAUCAGUGCUGGCUCAACAUAUCAAACAGGUAUAA